AUCCGAGUCUGUUGAAUUUUAACCAUCUCGGACUUCAUUCGAAAAGCAUAGCAUUAAUAUUUUUGUCUGAGUGGAAUGAGAGACUCCCCUGUUUACCUAAAACUCUCGUCCUACUCUUUUUCUCCCUCAUUUCUGCCGAAACAGCAGGGAGACCAGCCCUCUCUUUCUCACUUCGUUUCUCUCUCUGUCUCUCUCUCAAAUACGUUAUAUACAUUUCAUAUUAGCUCAUAUGUGGGCAUUUCAAGUUUGAAUGUCGUGAAGUCGAAGAAGGGACUUUUGAUCUACUCAACGAGGGUUACCUAAACAUGCAAACGGAUUCAAGAUUGGAGCACUUUGGAUUUUCGGGUUUGUGUAUUCUUGGAGGUUGGAGUGCACUAUUGCCCUCCUGGUGAGAAGGAAAUGGUGGUCACAAGCAACAGGGAAGCAAUUCAGACACAAGCUGAGCCUGGAUAUGAUCAGAGAAAAGAAUUGAAAAAUGAUUCAAAAGCCGGUGUAAAGGGGCUUGUAGAUGCCGGGGUUACAAAAAUCCCGUGCAUAUUCAUCCAUGAGAAAAGCAUGCUUCAAGAGACUGAUAUGUCUGUUGUCUCUCAGUUUAGUGUUCCAAUCAUAGACUUUGAAGGCAUCAACAAAGGCGCAGCUCAACGUGGCAAAAUCAUCAACAAUGUUAGAGAUGCCUGUGAAAAGUGGGGAUUCUUUCAGGUGGUUAAUCAUGGAAUCCCAAUGAGUAUUAUGGAUGAAAUGAUUGAUGGGGUUCGUAAAUUUCAUGAGCAAGAUACAGAGGUGAAGAAACAAUUCUAUUCACACGAUGUUACGAGAAAGUUUAUAUAUAAUAGCAACUUUGAUUUGUAUCAAUCAUCGGCAGCUAAAUGGAGGGAUACCAUUGCUUGUAUUAUGGCUCCUUACCCUCCUGAUCCUGAAGAACUGCCUAUCGUGUGCAGAGACAUAUUGAUAGUGUACUCCAAGUACACGAUGAGAAUGGGGCUCACUCUGCUAGAAUUGCUCUCAGAGGCCCUUGGCCUUAACCCUGAUCACCUGAAAGACAUGGAUUGCACUGAGGGGCUUUUCUUCGUGGGUCAUUACUACCCUGCAUGCCCUGAACCAGAAUUGACUUUGGGUACUGACAACCAUGCUGAUAGUGGCUUCAUUGCUGUACUUCUACAAGACCAAGUGGGUGGCCUCCAAAUCCUUCACGACAAUCAAUGGGUUGACGUUACCCCUCUGCCUGGAGCUCUAGUAGUAAACAUUGCUGAUCUACUGCAGCUCAUCACAAAUGACAAGUUCAAAAGCAUCAACCACAGAGUACUCGCAAAAAAUGUAGGUCCAAGAAUCUCUGUGGCAAGUUUUCUUAGAACACAUUUUUGUGAAGGGGUUACAUCAAGAGUGUAUGGGCCAAUCGAAGAACUGCUAUGAGAAGAAAAUCCCCCAAUCUAUAGGGAGACCGCGAUUAGAGAAUUCAUCACGCACUAUUUUAAGAAAGGGCUCGAUGGAACUUCCUCACUGUCACAUUUCAAGUUGUGUAAGUAGGCUAUAGAGAUUGGGGGGUAGGUCUUGGUUUGGUUACAGUUAAUCAAUUCAUAGAAGAGAAACAGUUAUACUUGAUGUUGAUGCUGAAACAAGAAAAAUAUUUUGAAUAUGAUUGGAACAAGUUUCAUGUUUGAUAGCUGCAAAACAAAUGGCUUAUGCAUUUUGCAAAUCAAAUAGUUUUCUGCAUAUGUUUUGGAUGA